AUGGGGCAAAAAUUACUAUUACAGGGCGCGGUAGCUUUACUGCUAAUUUCUGGGACUGUACCGUCUCCGCGUUUGGAUGAUGAUUCCUUCUCGCGUGGCGCAGUAGAGACUAUACCAGAACAUGAGCCUAUUCCCCAACCAAUACGAGCAUCCGUAGAGAAUAUACCGCUCAGGAAUCUACGAGACGAAGGUGAUGGAAGAUUACCCUUGAGGGAUGCUGUUGAAAAACGACCUAUACCUGUUAUAGAUCCUCAUUACCUUUCUAAAGCUUUUGAGACAAGUGACAAUUUGUUAGACAAUGUUGUGAACUUGGAAGAACUGAAUCAGUACUACGGAGCCGCUAGCUACUUAAACAAUGGUUCGCGUACCGACGAAAAACUACAGCUGGGUAACGCUAAUCUUCAAGAGAUGCAACAGACCGUGGGCGCUCCAACUACACGUCGCAUAGUAGUUUGCUACUUUGAAUCUUGGGCAGCAUAUAGGGCUCCUCCGCUGGCGUACACUGCAGGCCUAGUGCCUCGCUCUUGUACCCAUUUACAUUAUGCCUACGCCUCUAUACAUCCACAUACUUACGUUAUUAUACCAUCCAAUGAAGACUAUGAUGUGAUUAAAGGUGGUUACCGGAUAGCAACUGGUUUAAAACGACGUCUCUCUGGCCUACGGGUAUUGCUAAGUGUCGGUGGUGAUGGCGCUGGGCGUUUGUUUAGUGAAAUGGUACAGGAGUCUUACAGAAGAAGUGCAUUUAUUGACAGCGCAGUCGAAUUUUUACGAGAGCACGACUUUGAUGGACUAGAUCUCCACUGGAUAUACGCGGGGGACAAGGACGAAAGGGAAAAAGAACUGUUGACAUCACUGCUUUACGAGCUGCGAGAAAAGCUGUCUUCUUAUGGAUUACUCCUAGCUACUGUUUUACCGCCAUUUAGGUAUCAAAUUGAAGACGGAUAUGACCUAAGUGCCGUCAGCGGUGCUACGGAUUACACUAUCCUACAAGCUUGGGACAUGACUCAUCGCAACCGCGAGGAUCGGCCAUCGCGUGCUCUUCAGCAUAGCGCACUGCACCGGGAUCCUGGCGCUUCGUAUCGAGAUCAAAGAUAUGACAAUAUUGAAUUUAUGGUAAAAUACAUUCUUCGCCACGGAAUGGCCGCUGAGAAGCUAGUGCUGGGCGUACCUUUGUUUGGACGCAGUUACACUCUUGCCGCCUCUACUUUACCUGCCCCAGGUGCAGCUGUAAGCGACUGGGGUGAGGAAGGACCAUACACACAAACUCGAGGAAUGCUCGCCUACUUUGAGAUAUGUAUGGCUGAACGUGAAGGAAAAGGAACAAGUGCAUUAGAUGAAGCUGGUAAUUCAUUUGCUGUUUUUGAUAAUCAAUGGGUAGCAUACGAUUCUCCAGACACUAUUCUUGAAAAGAUGAAAUUUGUUAUAAGUAUGGACUUAGCCGGAGCAGCGGCAUGGGCAAUCGACAUGGAUGAUUUCCGUGGUCUAUGUGGGUCCCCUUACCCAAUUUUGAGUGCCAUAUCGACGACAUUAAACGGUGAAUUGACACAAUCUGAUCAAGCUUCUCUAAAGAUUGGAUCAUGUGAAACAGAUAUUCCUUAUUUGUCUUCUGACGAAGAAUCCUGUGCACAUUUCCAUUUUUGUACUGGUGGUAUAAGUUUUAGAAUGGUGUGCGAAGAGGACAGACUUUAUGAUCCAUCGACAGGUUUCUGUGGGCAUCAGGAUGUAACGAAAUGCAUUCCCGGACAAAGCUUGAGAAUUAGCAUUGAGGAAGCGGCACGAUUCUUAUCACAAGCGUAUGAGACCGACUUUCAGUGGAGUAAGCUAGGGUUAGUGAAUAAGAAGACGGAACAACUCGUCGAAUCAACCCAACCAGAUAUUAAAAUUUCAGGUCGGGAUAGUGACAAACGGAUUGUUUGUUACAUGACUAGUUGGGCGUUCUACAGGCGCGGCGAAGGAAAAUUUGUUCCUGAACGUAUCGAUACACGUCUCUGCACUCAUAUAGUUUACGCUUACUCCACUUUAUUGACCGAUGAGCUUGUUAUCAAAGAAUUUGAUCCUUGGGCAGAUAUUACUAACAAUUUAUAUGAACGUGUUACGUCUCUUCAAGAUGUUAAAGUUCUCCUAGGACUAGGAGGAUGGACAGAUUCAGCAGGAGACAAAUACUCACGUCUAGUAUCGUCUAGCGCAGCUCGAACCAAAUUUGUUGUUAAAGUUGUUAGUUUCCUACGAAUGCAUAAUUUUAAAGGCCUCCACUUAGAUUGGAACUACCCAGUUUGUUGGCAGAGUAAUUGCAAGAAAGGCGCAAAGUCUGAUAAACAAAACUUCGCCAAACUAGUUCAGGAACUUUCGAAAGCCUUACAUGCAGCUGAUAUGGAAUUAGGUAUCGCAAUAUCUGGAUACAAAGAAAUUAUUGAAUCUGCUUACGACUUGCCUGUUAUAUCUAAAGCUGCUGAUUUUAUAAGCACUAUGACAUAUGAUUACCACGGAGGAUGGGAAAGAACAACUUCACAUCAUACACCAUUGACUUCUAAUCAGAAUGAUGCUUUGCCUUAUUAUUCAGUAGAAUAUGCAAUAAAAGCAAUGAUAGAUGGCGGUGCAGACCCCAAGAAGUUAUUGCUUGGCUUGGCGUUCUAUGGACAAUCAUACAGAUUAGCAGACGCCGAAGGAUCUAGCGGACCGGGUGCUUCAGCCGCUGGUCCUGGUGAACCCGGAGAGUUCACUAAACAACCAGGAAUGUUAGCAUAUUAUGAAAUUUGUUACAGAGUCAAAAAUCUACGCUGGAGGACAGGCAGGCAAGAUCAAGCCGGUCCCUACGCAUACUCAGAUAACCAAUGGGUUGGAUAUGAUGACCCCAAAUCAAUCCGUGAAAAGGUUGAAUGGGCACUGCGCCUUGGUUUGGGUGGAGUAACCGCGUGGGCAAUCGAUUUGGACGACUUCAACAACCGAUGCUGUAUGGAGCCGUCGCCCUUGCUGCGUGCCGCGGGUCGCGCUCUCGGCCGCAACGUACCAGCGCCACCCACGUCGCCAUGUGAACGACCACCUGAGCCCAUCACGCCAGCUCCGCCCACUACCACACCUGCUGAAUCUGAUGGUUCAAUUUCCAGCACAAGCGAACAUGGCAGUCACGAUCACGACCAUGCAACAAAACCAACUGCAACGACCUGGCCCAGCUGGAAUCCGGGAACCACCACUGCAAUGACAUGGUGGCCACAAGCUACCACCACCACUAUGAAACCAACGACAACUAAAACAACUACUACACGCCGAACUACGACCAGCGAAGUUCCUGACACUGAUUCAGGUAUAGAAGGCUCAGCUUGCGAGGCUGGCGAGUACCGCGCCGCACCGGGUGACUGCGAGGCUUACUUGCAGUGUGAGGGCGGACAAUGGCGCAAGCACCGCUGCGCACCAGGUCUACACUGGUCCGCAAAAACAGGCCGUUGCGACUGGCCUAGCUUUGCUCACUGCACAGAGAAACCGCCUAGCCAAGAGAGUACGGCAACAACAACGCUAGCUCCAGCCACCUCUCGACCACCAUCCACGACAACGACAAUACGCACUACCACGACCAGAGCGACGACAACAACGACUACAACGACAACAACCACACCUAAGCCCACAACCACCACAACAACGACUACGACAUCCGCACCUGUUAACGAAGAAGAGGCAGCCGCUGGGCAACCAUGCAGCGGACAAGAUUAUCAAUUAGUUCCCAAUGAUUGCAAUUCGUAUCUGCACUGUGACGGUUCAGUAUGGCGUCAGCAACGUUGCGCCCCUGGUCUGCACUGGAGUCCCAAACAGAAGCAUUGUGACUGGCCUAAAUAUGCUAAAUGUGAAGGGACAGCUCAGAAAACCACAACAACUGCACCCAAACCAAUUCGACCUGCCCGACCGACCAGACCUCCGACUACAACAACACCCAGCUCAGAACAGGAUCGGGAAGACGGACCCUGCAGCGAUAAUGAAGUGCACGCACCAGCUUCUACCUGUGACGCAUAUUUGUUGUGUGUAGGCGGCCGCUGGCGUAAACAGCUGUGCCCACCAGGACUUCACUGGGACAAACGAACCAACCGUUGCGACUGGGUCGAAUUCGCCAUGUGCGAAGCAUCAAAACUAACAACAACGAAGAAACCAGUAUAUCAAUAUUCAACUACGAGCAGAACAACGACCACGACAAGGUGGUCGACAGUAACUACAAAGAAACCGUACACAUUAUCCGAGGAAUAUCAAAAACCUACACGUUGUGUCACCGGCACCUACCACACGCAUCCACGAUGUGAGAAGUUCUACGUGUGCGUGAAUGGUGUAUUAGUUACACAAAGCUGUGCUCCCGGCCUUGUUUGGAAUACGGAAGGUUCACAGUGUGACUUCCCAAGAUUAACAUCAUGUUCAGAUAGAAGGAAAGUAACAUCUUCGGCCAUGAUCGAUGGCACCAAGAUUACGACAAGUAAUCUCGUACAAGAUUCAGAAAAUAAAACGACAUACUGUGAAAGUGGUCAGUAUGAUAGAAACCCAACAGACUGUACUAAAUACCGCCACUGCCUGUUUGGUAAAUUUGAGGAAUUCUCUUGCAGUGCUGGCUUGCACUGGAAUCAGGAGAAACAAAUAUGCGACUGGCCACAAAGUGCAAAAUGUAAAAAACAAAAGGUAACCACUACAACUCAAGCAACGUUGAUGGAUCCAAUAAUAAUAGAUUCAGAUAUUGAACCUGAAGUACCAAUGAGACCUAUUGAAUCUUCACCUACCUCAGUUGCGUUUUUAAAUCCUGCUACUAGACCACCACUGCUAAAUUCGCGAUAUAAGCUAAUUUGCUACUAUACAAACUGGUCGUGGUAUCGUCCUGGCCUCGGAAAAUACGAUCCUGAAGACAUUGAUCCUACACUUUGCACCCACAUCAUAUAUGGCUUCGCAGUCUUAGGACCCGACGGACUUAUCACUCCGCACGAUCCUUUCGCAGAUGAGAAAAACCGUCUUUAUGAAAAAGUGGUAGAAUACAGGAAAUAUGGCAUAAAGGUAUCGAUAGCAAUAGGAGGAUGGAAUGACUCUGUUGGAGACAAGUAUUCUGAAUUAGUAAACGACCCUUCAGCUCGCUCAAGAUUUGUGAAACACGUCGUCGAAUUUAUUGAAAGAUAUGGAUUUGAUGGACUGGACCUUGACUGGGAGUAUCCAAAAUGUUGGCAGGCCGAUUGUUCAUUGGGACCAGAUUCAGACAAGGAGGGUUUUGCUGAUAUAAUUCGGGAACUAUCAGCAGUAUUAAAACCUAAAGGUCUAUUAUUGUCUUCCGCUGUAUCGCCCAGCAAGCUUAUAAUUGACGCGGGCUAUGAUGUACCGGUUCUGGCUAGAUAUUUGGACUGGAUUGCCGUAAUGACAUACGAUUACCACGGACAGUGGGACAAGAAGACUGGCCACGUCGCUCCUCUAUACUAUCAUCCUGAUGAUGACACGACGUACUUUAAUGCAAACUAUACUAUGCAUUACUGGAUGGAGAAAGGCGCCCCGUCUUCCAAACUUGUCAUGGGUAUACCCAUGUAUGGACAAACGUUUACAACUAAGUCAUUAUCUGACAUAAGCGCUUUGAACAUACCAGCUCUGUCUGGUGGGAACGCUGGUGAAUACACAAAAGCUAAGGGUUUCUUAGCAUAUUACGAGAUUUGCGAUCGCAUCAUGAACAGAAAAUGGAAGGUUGUUAAGGAUCCACUUCAACGAAUGGGUCCUUUUGCCUACCAAGGCAACCAAUGGGUGUCUUUUGAUGACGUUGAUAUAAUCAAGAAAAAAGUUAACUUCAUUAAAUCACUAGACCUUGCCGGUGGAAUGGUUUGGGCACUUGAUCUCGACGAUUUCAAGAAUACAUGUAAACAGGGCCGACAUCCACUUCUCAAUGCGAUAAAGGAUGGCUUACUGGAUCCAAAUGUGGAGUACAAUCAACCACAACCUGUACCUGACACAUCUAACCAAAUAGACGAUGAUCUCGAGGACAUCGAAGUCAGACCUGGAUACACGAAACCUAAACCAAAACCUAAGCCCACUACCGUACGACCGACAAAACAAACGACGCCAUACACUACGACCACCACUACAACCACAAAGAAACCGACUCCUCCAGUUAUUAUGGACGAGGAAGAGCAAUAUAAAAUUGUGUGCUACUACAGCAACUGGGCUUGGUACCGACCGGGAUCAGGAAAAUAUACUCCAAAUGACAUUGACCCAUCAUUGUGCACGCACAUAGUUUAUGCCUUUGCGGUCCUCGACAGCAGCAAAUUGGUGAUAAAACCACAUGACAAUUGGUUGGACGUUGAAAACAAAUUCUACGAGAAAGUUGUUGCUUUGAAGAGUCAAGGUGUAAAGGUGUUGCUAGGUUUAGGUGGUUGGAAAGAUUCAGCAGGAGACAAAUAUUCAAGACUUGUGAACAACCCUUCAGCUCGAAGGAAAUUUGUGGUACACGCUUUGGACUUCAUCGAACAGCACGAAUUCGAUGGGUUGGAUCUCGAUUGGGAGUAUCCACGAUGCUGGCAAGUUGAUUGCGAUAGAGGACCAAGCACCGAUAAGCAAGGUUUUGCUGAUCUUAUCACAGAGCUACGUUCCGCAUUUGUUCCUCGGGGUCUUCUGCUUUCUGCUGCAGUUUCGGCCAGCAAACAAGUUAUUGAUGCCGGUUACAACGUGCCGGUUUUGGGCAAGCAACUGGACUGGAUAGCCGUAAUGACUUAUGAUUAUCACGGACAUUGGGAUAAAAAGACAGGUCAUGUAGCACCCAUGUACGCUGGACAUGACGGUACUGACCAAACAUUCAAUGUGAACUUCACCAUUAACUACUGGAUCAAGAAAGGUGCUCCUCGUGAAAAGCUUGUAAUGGGUAUACCAUUUUACGGCCAAUCGUUCUCGUUAAUUGAAUACGGUGGUAAUGGCUUAGGGGCACCUGCAUAUGCAGGUGGCGAUCCUGGAGACGAGACUCGAACGCGAGGCUUUUUGGCUUUCUAUGAGAUUUGCGAACGCAUUAGAAUGCGAGGAUGGAAUGUUUACCGCGACCCUUCGGGCACAAUGGGUCCCUAUGCUACUAAAGACGACCAGUGGGUGUCUUUUGACGAUGAUUUCAUAACCCGUCACAAGGCAGAGUACGUCCGUGCCAUGGGCUUAGGCGGUAGCAUGAUUUGGACUCUCGACUUAGACGAUUUUACUGGACAAUAUUGUGGUUGCGGCAAGUCACCCCUUCUGUCAACCAUCAAUCAUGUUCUACGUGGGCGGGAAGCGCCGUCACCUUGCUCAUUGGAAGAAAUUGAAAGUCCAUCAACGGGUGCUAGCACAGAAACAUCUGUAACUACAGCAACAUCUGCUCCAGAAAAAGAGAAUGACAGUGAAAUUACCUCUAACGAGGACUCAUUGGAAGGUAAAGAGUGUUCGGGAAUAACAUUCAAGGCGGACGACUCUGAUUGCAGCAAGUAUUACCUUUGUAUCAACGGUCAGUACAUCGAACUCACUUGUCCCGCGCCUUUAGUCUGGAACAAGAAUCACUGCGACUGGCCGGAGAAGGCUAAAUGCAAGGGCAAAUCAAGCCUCAGGCUUAACGACGAAGAAACAACGUAUGAAAACAAAGAUAAACCUAUAAUAGCAUGCUACUUCACAAAUUGGGCUUACUACAGACCAGGAAAAGGUAAAUUUGGUCCUGAGGAAGUGGAUGCGUCGUUGUGCACGCAUAUUAUAUAUGCUUGGGCGCAUCUCAAUAGCAGCACAUACAAAUUGGUUCCUGGCGUACCAGAGCUUGACGUGGAUAAUGAUUUUCUCGGUAAAAUAUCGGAAAUGAAAUUAGAAGGCGUUAAAGUGAUCCUCGGGGUCGGUGGACUGCAAAACUCUCGGGAAAGUCAAUGGUCUGAAAUGGCUUCAAGUCCUGAGACGAGGAAAACUUUCAUAGAAUCAGCUCUUUCUGUCAUAAAACGAUGGAAUUUCGAUGGGUUGCAUGUUGCUUGGCAAUAUCCUGUUUGUGAUCAAGAAUCGUGUACCGAAAUAACAUAUGACAGUUCUGACAGGGACAAUUUUAAUGCAUUGCUGUCGGAACUAUCAAAGAUACUACGGCAACACAACUUAGAACUAUCAGCCGCUGUAUCGCCAAAUCCUCAAGUAGCUGCUGUGGCAUACAAUCAUGAAAUCCUAACAGCAACUCUUGACUGGGUGGCAAUUGCUGCCAACGAUUAUUAUGAAUCAUCAAACAAACGCACGGCGUAUUUAUUGCCAUUGCAGUCAAGUCCAUCAUCGGAAAUUGGAGACUUUAAGUCGAUCUUAGCUUACUGGUCUGCAUUGGUGCCCUCGCGCCAGCUGGUGAUGAGCGUGCCAGCAUAUGGCCGCUCCUACACGUUAAGGAAUGAACAGUACGUCCUCCCUGGAUCUCCUACCACAGGGGCUGGUGAUGCUGGGAAUUACACGCAAGUGCCUGGCUUUAUGGCGUACUACGAGAUUUGCGAAGGAAUAAAGUCGCAGUACUGGGAAGAGCUCUCUAUCGACGAAGGCACGUGUGCCGUGCACGGGUCGCAAUGGGUGACGUAUUUGCGGCCACAAGAAAUAUAUAGAAUCGUAUCCACCUCAUCGAGAUUGGGGCUACGCGGGGCCGCCUUAUGGGCACUGGAUCUGGACGACUGGCGAGGCAAAUGCUCUUGUGAACCAUGGCCACUCCUAACUGCGUUAAGACAGGGGCUUCUUGAACCCAACAUUCCGCCAAUGUUAUGUUAA